GUGUGCAGCUGGGAGAGGGCCCCGCAGGACCGCGACGGCACGCCGCCACGUCGCCACGUCGCCAAGGAUUCCUGCUCCUUGGGAACCGGCUCAGAAGCUGAGCUCUCAGCGCAGAAGUGUCGGUGCCCGUGGUCGUCACUUGCCAGCAUAAAUGCCCAAUUUGGGAUGGUGGUGCUCAUGGACCCCGGCGAGGACCCUGAGGACACACUGCACACACACCGGUCCCGGGAGAAGACCUUCAUCUUCGACAUUGUGUUCGACCAGCACACCUCCCAGCAAGAUGUGUACCUUGCCACCCCCCAGCACUUAGUGGAAGGCGUCAUUUCUGGAUACAACGUGACGGUGUUUGCCCACGGCCCCUCAGGUGCCAGCAAGACCCACACGAUGCUGCGCAUGGACGCAGGGCCCGGCAUCUACCUGCAGAUGCUCACUGACCUCUUCCAGGCCAUCGAGGAGACCCGUGAGAGCACGGACUGCAGCGUGUCCACGUCUUACCUCGAGAUUUAUAACGAAGUGAUCUGGGACCUCCUGAACCCGUCCUCAGGGUUUCUGGACCUGCGGGAAGAUUCUAGGGGCAGCAUCCAGAUCGCAGGCAUCACGGAGGUCUCCACCUCAAACACCCAGGAGACCACGCAGCUCCUCACCAAAGGCAACUGGCAGCACACACAGGAGUCCACCGCCACCAGCAAGAUGUCGUCCUGCUCCCACGCCGUGCUGCAGGUCACCGUGCACCAGCGCAGCCACGGCACAGACAUGGCAGAGGAAGUGCACAUUGGGAGGCUCUCCAUGGUGGACCUGGCGGGCUCGGAGCUGGCGCCUCAGACCCAGAACGGAGGCAAGAGGAUGAAGGAGGGCGCCCCCAUCAACCACUCCCUGCUGGCGCUGGGCAACUGCAUCAACGCACUCAGCGAGAAGGGCGGCAGUCAGGCGCAAUAUGUGAACUUCUGGGACAGCAAACUCACGCGCCUGGCGCCUUCCACUGAGCAGGAUGCCCUGGGAGGGAACAGCCGGAUGGUGAUGAUUGCCCACAUCAGCCCAGCCAGCACGCACUUCGAGGAGUUGCGGACCACCCUGCUGUACGCGUACCGAGCCAGGAACAUCAAGAGGAGGGUCAAGCGCAACCUGCUGAACGUAUCCUACCGCAUCGCGCAGUACGCGGACGUCAUCUCCGACCUGGGCAGUCAGAUCAAGCACCCCAAGGCCGAGGUGGAGAAGCAGGAGAAGGAGAAGAGAAGCAUCCCGGCGGCCGGGAUGCUCAAGGUGGCACUGCUCCCGGUGCAGCUGGCUCUCUUCCUGCCCCCUGCCGCCAUCCCUCCGCCCGACACAGAGGAGGACAGCCACCUGCAGAUGAAGGAGAUCUGGGCGCAGCUCAUCGGGGGCUUCAAGUACUGGGAGCGGGAGAAGACCCGCCACCUCGCGCACAGGGACAGGCCCCCUGAGAGGGACAAGGAGCCGGCGGAGGCCGACGGGGAUGGGGACUCGGGCGGGUCCGCGGAGCCGCACGAAGUGGCCCUGGCCAGAGGGGAGGUCCACGUGCUUCUGGUCGAGCAGCGGAAAACCGAGGCCCUCAAGGCUGGGCUGGAGCAGCGUCUGGCCAACGCCAAGAAGAAGGCCUCGCCGAUGGAGCAGCUGCUGCCCACGCAGGUCAUCAGCAGACAGCGGGAGGCGCUGCGACUGCUGUGCAGGGCCCGCGAGCUGGAGGUGGAGGACACGGCGCUGCAGGCCAACAGCCUGUGCAGGAAGAACCUGCUGUGCCAGAAGGACUUCGUGAUCCAGCGCUGCCAGCAGCACCGGCGGCUCUGCGAGCAGAUCAUCCAGGACCAGCGGCAGCUGAUUCAGGACGGCGGCCUCGCGUGGUGCCGGAAGCCCUGGAGCAGCGGUACGGCCUACACUCCCGGGAGCUGGGUGCAGACACGCUGA